UAAAUGACAGCAGGUGUACAUAUAGCUUUGCUAGAGUAUCUUUAUCGUCGUUAACUUAUCAAGCUAAUUGGCGACACAAGCUUAACCACUCAUUUGAGCUAUUUAGCUUAUUUUUGCGUCGACUUCUUCACGCUAGUUGUUUUAACACGUUAUCUACCUGUAACAACUUCAUUAAAAAAAACACCGUUUUGUUCAUAAAUAUUUUCUUCCAUUUGGCUCACUGCAUCACGGUGCCUGGUAAGCUAAGGGUUAACAUGGCGGCGGUGGAGGAAACCUGACGCUAAUGAAGUUCCUGGAAUGCGGUCAUCACAUCCCGACGUGGAGGACUGAGCUCCAGCCAGCUCAGAGUGGCUCUGGCGUGCACGCAAGGCGGCGGGGAUGCGAGAUUGGAAAGCAGUCUGCCAAAGAACUUUCAUCAAGCAUUUUGUUCCCAGUGGACUUUUUCUUUCAUGUCAUCCUGUCAAGAUGUUGUUGCCAUCAUCGGUGCUGCUUAUCCUGCUGGCGUCAGUGCGCGCUGACAUCUGCGUUGGGACCCACUGCUCCCAGACCGGAGACCCGAGACCGUGCACCGGCGACCACUGCCCCGGCAGCAGGUCGUCUAGACCGGCGCGGCACUUGAGUACCGCAGCGGAAGUCCGUCCCGCAGCAUGCACGGACGAGGACUGCGUGAGACCCCCCGCGUCCUUCAACCACACGCGGGAUUGCAAGGGCUUGGAGUGCAGGCUCCCGCUGCGGAUCAGACCCAGGGUCCGAGCGAGGGCAUGCGUGGGAGAGGGCUGCUUGGACGGGGCUGCUUCCGAGGAGAGCUCGCCGCCUGGAGCCGAGCAGCUCCAUCCGGUGCAUCUGGCCGACAGAGCCGCGCAGUUUCUGGGAGACUUCCCCGAGUUUGGACAUCCGUCGCCGGAAGUCGUUGGCGCGCCUCUGGGGGUCCAGCUCACUUGUGACGUCAAACCAGGUGAAAAUGAGGUCCCUUCAGAGGACGCCCUCAUCCUUCACCUCCAGCUGUCCAAGGGUCAGGAGAAGCUGGUGGAGGCCCUGCGGGCCCAGCAGGUGCUCAUACGCGACCUGCAGCAGAAGCUCGCCGAGCAGCAGGAGGCACUCGUCUCCCAGCAGCACCGUAUCCUGGAGCAGCAGGGGCGCAUGUACGAGCAGAUGGACACAGUGAAGGCGCAGUACGGUCUCCUGGUGGACACCGUCAAGCAGGUGUCCUUCCGGGGCCUGCAGGGGGAGCUGCAGAGCUACUUUGAGAGCCACCUGGCAGGUCUCCAGAGCCAGGCCCGCAGCCACCUGCAGAACGCCGUGCACAAAGCGGACGCCAAGGUGAUGGACGUCCUCGGCGAGGCGCAUAUGCCUCGGCCCCUGAUCGGCUGCCCCUCAGCCUGCGCGACGGAGCACUUCUGCGAUUUUCAGCGAGACCCUCCGCAGUGUGAGAAGUGCACCAUGUGUCCGCCUGGCUUCUUCCUCAUCUCCCAGUGCUCCUCCACUGCAGACACCAUGUGCCAGGACCGAGAUGAGUGUCUGGAGUUACCAAACAUCUGCGGCGAGCGAGUCAAGUGUCUCAACACGCCAGGAGGCUUCCGUUGUUUGGGCGUGUCGUCCAGAGAAGCUGAAAAAGGUUUCUGCGGCCAAGACUACUUUUUCAACCAGGAGCUUCAGGAGUGCCAAGCCUGCUCGGAUUGCGACGGACACGCCGUCGUCCGUUCCUGCACGGCUGUAACCGACUCCGUCUGUGCCGCCCCCUCGGAAAGCCGCCUCUCCCAGUCCUGGAGCGCCAGCGUGUUGCUUCCGUCGGCCAGGAAGUCCAAAGGCCACGUCUUUCCUGGGCUACGACUGAGCCUGCGGAGCAAGGAGCGCAGUGACCUUCUGUCCGGCGAUGGCGGCCAGGUGACGUUCUUGCAGCACGGCCUGCUGUGGCUCGAUUACAACUUCGCCAUCAAGCAUAGCUGCCGCAACUUCCUCCAAGUGGGGUUGAGGUUUAACGCCAGCCAGGAGGAGGAGGGUCAGGACCUGAGCGGCGUGCGUAUUGAGCAGCUUGAAGGGAAGUACUUCCAGGGGGUAAGCGUGAGCACCGGGCUGGAGGUGGAGCCUAACGACACGGUGAGCGUCCUCCUGAGGAGUCCCAAUCAACACUGCAACCAGAGCAAGGAUGUCCACGUCUACGACAUGACCCCGCCCACCUUCAGCCUACUCUGGUUGUCACAUGACACCGGCGCCGUAGCCUUGACUGCAGACUUGUCUCUCAUGGCCCACUACCAAACCAAUUACCGGCCGACCUUCCGCAUAACGUCCGUCUCCGACCCCUACAUGGUCGGCUUGACCCACGACAGCCGAGGCGUGCGCUUCACGGAGCGCGGCGUGGUCAAGUUUGUCCUCCAGCAGGCGCUCUACUCCAUGGGACAAACCUGCGUCCGGGAAGGCUUCUUCUUGAUCGCCUACGCCAGCCGCAACGGCACGGGCCAGGAGGCGGUGCAGGCCUUCAAGACUGGUGUCAACUACCGGGACACGUCCAUCACGCUCUCCGGCGCCAUGGCAGUGGGCGGCGGGGACACGCUCAGCUUCGAGAUCACGUCGCCGUCACAGUGCAACGUCCGCUACUUCGGGGACAGCACCGGCAUCAGCACGCUCAGCCUCGUCUGGAUCCCCUCGUCGGUAUCGUCCACGCUCACCGCCACCGUCGCCAAGGCAGGCCUGCCUCUCGGGGCAGUCCGGAACAAGCCGCUCACGUUCCAGCAGCUCUCGCCAGAUUCCCCUCAUGUGCGUUUGGCCCGCCCUGGCGAGCCCAAGAAGAACUUUGUGUUCCUCCAGCGAGGCACAGCUAACAUCGCCCUGAACCUGAGGCUCAUCCACUCGUGCAACAUCGUUAAACUGACGCUGCAGCAAAGCGGAGGUCUGGGUGGUCCCGUGGCCCAGCAGGUUUCCGGACACAUGCCGGAAGGGAGCGAGUGGUCCAGCGUGGGCUUGAGGGCCUCCUUCCAGGUUGAGAACGGCACCGCCAUCUACGUCACGCUGGACUGCAUCCGCGGACGCGUCAACCAGAUCACGCACGAGGGCGCCACCAACAUUUCCAUCCUGUGGGUUGCUGCGUGAUGCCUUCAAGGACAACCGUUUUUUUUGCACAAUUAAGUGUUUCACAAGUUUACUGUGAAAGUACUGCUUUUAAUACUUUGGUUGAGCAGUGACCAAAUGUGUAUCUUUGAGUACAUCCUUUCAUUUGUGCACAUAGUAAAUAGUCCAUACUGUAUUUGUAUGAUAGCUACCGUGCUUUUUAUCUUUCUAAAUAUAUUUAUUUACAAAGCAAUGCUUUUGUAUUAACCAGCCUGUGCUGUACGUGUAAAGACAAAAAUAAAAUUAUAUUUUUCACAUAGAAACGCAACUGGAUCGGUCGGCCAUUGGUGACGCAUCGCCUAUCAACUGUUUUCCAACUCAAGGUGGAAAAAAAGACGUUGGAAUCAGACAUAUUGGACCAAUUUAAGCAAAAAAAAAAAAUUCAAGCAACAGAGCCUGUAAGACAAGAAGAAGGGCAAAAAGAAUGGUUUAAACAGGGAAAACACUUGCGGGUUUCUGCCGCCUAGUUAGCCCGAUUGAAAACAGCUGGCCCAGAUGUGAGACGUCAGAAGGGGACGGGAUGAAAAAAGGAACAGGAAGCGCAGAAAAAAGCUCAUAUUGGAAACUUUCUUUCUUUUAAUUUCGCAGCUGUUUCACCUCCCAUCAGCGACGACACAGCCAAAGCUAGCUAACAACAUCCAUCACUUGAGGCUGUUUUUGUGUGCUUCCAAAACACCUCAUCAAGUGUUGCUGUUUACUUAGCGCUCAGGUUAACCUGGUAAAUUAUCAAGGUGGCCGACAGGAGAAAGUGAAGGCAGUGACACAACAGAGUCAACCUUUGCGCGUGCGUCACGGCCGUUUUUGCUCCCUUAAUCAAAAGCGAGUGUUCUUGCAAAAACCGAAGCCUCUGGUCCGCAUUUGGACCACCCUUUGAUGACAAAAACCGGAAAAGCCCAAACUGCAAGGAGAUUUAUAGACUGUCCGGUGGAUUUUUCUGCUACUUACUGUACCUAUUUGAACUUAGGCUUUGGAACAAAACCGUUAGGAAAAAAUUGAAAUAACACAAAAAGCAUUUCUUAGUAAAUGUUUAAGUAGGGACGUUAAGUGUAAUAGAGUAUUUUGUUUUGCUUUGUUUUAGUAGGAACUAUAUUUGUGUGCGUAUCAGCUCUGUGGGGGCACUUAGCUAACCCAGCUUACCAAAAUUGUAAAAAGAAUGGUUUUAAUUUUAUUUUUGACAAAAAUGUACAAUUAAUGUUAUAGUACCAUUUUCAAAUGUAACAAAGUAUCUUGGUUUGCUUAUUAUUAGCAUGAACUAUUUGUAUGUGUGCAUUAGCUAGCAUGUCAGCUAAGCGUGUCAGCUCUGUGGGGGCAAGUAGCUAACAUAGCUACAGUCUUUAAAAAUAUAUAUUUUUUUUAAACAAAAAUGCACAACUAAUAUUAAAGUGCAGUUGUCAAUUGGAA